CCAUUGACUAUAGUAUUUACUUGAUUACUUCCAUAGUUCYAUAAGAUCUUUUCAGAUUUCGUUCGCCUAGGAUUUUUGGAUCGAGAAGUCAGAAAUUCACAAAAYUCAAAAUGCAAAACGACGCCGGAGAAUUCGUUGAUUUGUACUGCCCAAGGAAAUGCUCUGCCAGCAACCGUAUCAUUCCUGCUAAAGAUCAUGCUUCUAUUCAGAUCAAUUUAGCCGAAAUCGACUCGUCCACUGGUCGCAUAACUGGAAAUUACAAAAUUUUGACCAUUAGUGGAGCUAUUCGUCGUAUGGGAGAGUCAGAUGACUGCAUAACGAGGUUAGCAAAAGAACACGGAAUUGUAGCUAAGUAAGUAAAUACUCU